CCGGUGCAACCCGCUGUUAGGAUGGCGGCAUAGAAUCCAAUAUCCAAUGGGCAAGCUGCAUCUGCCUCUAUCAUCUGUAACAGAGUCGUUACAUGGGUCCGAUAUGACCUUUCUACGAGAUGCCGGAACCACAGUGCUGCAAACAAUCUUCCAGCCCCCCCCCCCCGUUGCCGAGGGCAGAUGUAAGUAAGUGUACGGCCAAACGUCCACCUCCCUCGUUGAUGUCGAAUAUCUCUUCAUCUGGUUCUUCUCACUAUCUAAAACCGCCUCCCGCUUUUACCAAUAUCACAACCAUCAACCAUCGUCACGCAAUACAGUCCCGCAAACAACUACAUAUCGCCUUGUUGCCGUCUUCUUGCUCGAUAGAUACCCCUUUUGUUUUUCUUCGUUGACAGUCCACCACAUCUUAUCCACCAUGCCGUCCCGUUUAGCCAUCAGCACCAUGUCGCUCGGGCGAUGCUGGGCCGGCCACAGCUUUGAACACAAGAUGGACAUGGCGGCCAAGUAUGGCUACCAAGGCAUCGAGCUCUGGCACGAAGACAUGAUGGACGUCGCUGAGCAGUUGCCGGGCGGCGCUGCUCUGCUCGAGAACCAGCUCGCCGCUGCCGGUAUUGUUAAGAGGAUGUGUGACGCUCGCAACAUCGAGAUCCUCUGCCUCCAACCCUUUCAGCAUUUCGAAGGUCUUGUCGACCGUGAACAACACGCCCGCCGCGUCGAAGAGCUGCGUGUUUGGAUCCAGCUCGCCCACGUCCUUGGCACAGAUCUGAUCCAGAUCCCUAGCAACGUCUUGCCGGCAGAGCAGGUCUCUGAGGAUCUCGACCUUCACGUCGCCGACCUGGCCGAGGUAGCAGACAUUGGCGCCGCUUCCAGCCCCCCCAUCCGGUUCUCGUACGAGUCUCUCUCAUGGGGAACGAGAGUUGAUGUCUGGGAGCGCUGCUGGGAGGUCAUCCAACGGGUCGACCGGCCUAACUUUGGCAUGUGCCUCGACACGUUCAACAUCGCCGGCCGUAUCUUCGCCGACCCUACGGCGGCAUCCGGAAAGGUGCCGAACGCCGAGCAGGCCGUCAAGGAGUCCAUCCAGCGGUUGCUCUCCACGGUCGAUGUCUCCAAGAUCAUCUACGUGCAGGUCGUCGACGCGGAGCGCCUUGCCGAGCCCAUCUGCGAGACACACCCCUACUACAACCCCGAACAGCCAUCACGUAUGUCGUGGUCCAGAAAUUGCCGUCUGUUCUACGGCGAGUACUCGAGGGGGGCUUACCUCCCCGUCCGGGAGAUUUGCGCCGCCAUCUUCCAGGGUCUUGGAUUCGAAGGCUGGGUCAGCUUCGAGCUUUUCAACAGGAGAAUGUCCGAGGAGGACCACGAUGUCCCCGAGGAGCUGGCGAGGAGAGGUGCUGUGGCCUGGGCGAAGCUCGUGAGAGACAUGAAGUUGAGAGUGGACGAGUCCUCCACAACGGCGACGGCGUCACUAUAGUCGGUGCCCCUGGCAGCGACUUGCGUGGAACGGCGAAUUGGUUUACAACAGCGACUGUAUAGUAUUAACAUAUUUU